CUCUAGAGUAAUAUAUAUAUAUAUAUAUAUAUAUAUAAAGCCCCACUUCUUCGUAGGUCUUGUUUGGCUCGAGCUUCUCUUCCAAUGGCCCCUUGCAAUUCUCAACUUCUAUGCCAUUCUCACUUCCAAGCCUUGGUUCAACACCACUUGCUUGAUCUAUGGUGUCUCUGUCACUACCUCCAUGGCUGCUAUAUUAUCAGAAAUGAUGGGUUCCAAGAGGACAUCUGAAAAGCUAUUGACAAUGUAUGCCUCUUUCCUGGGUUUAGCUGUUUUGGCUAUGCUGCGAGGUUUGCUCACAUGUUGUUCAUCCAAAUCAACUUCUGGCAAAAGACCUGCACUGGCAAGGAAAAAGCGAGCUUGAAACUGUGAGCAUGAAUCGAAC